AUGUCACUCUAUUUCGAUGCGGUCAAUAUUCUGACCGAGCCAGCAUCAGGUGGCUCCUUUAAAUCCCGAAUCUACAGUGCCCGAGACCUCCGCGCAAAACCAGCACAAAUCUACGCUCUCAUCAUCGAAGCCGCGAAAUGGGACAUUGUUCUGGCCGAUGUUAUCGACCGCGCUGGUCUUCUAGAUGCCGAACGCAAGCUAUCUCCCCUCCUUGCGCUCCUCCUCGUACACGAUCACCUCAUCUCUAAAAAUGGCAUCGCGGCCCCGGCAGCGCAUACUAUUCGACAGGCUGUUGAGCGGCAUAAGGUUCGGUUGAAGGCAGAGUUUACGAAGGCACGGGUUCGCCGAGGAUGUGCUUCAGUGGAACAGUUCAAGGCUGCGAUCUUGAAAGAGAAGCGGGAGGCUGCUGGGCCCAAUGAUUUCAUCUAUCCUCGCUGGGUGCGCGUGAACAAUAUCCGUUCAUCUCUUGAGGACCAGAUGCGCACAACGUUCUCGGACUAUCGGCAUGUCGAUUCUCUUGCCGAAUUGGCACCGGAGGGAGACGAUCGCAAAUCCCAGCAUUUGCUUUAUGUUGAUCCCCAUAUUCCAGAUCUGGUGGCCGUACCAUAUGGAGCGGAUUUCACUUCAUCUGCUGCAUACAAGAAUGGCGAGAUUAUCCUGCAGGAUAAGGCGUCGUGCUUCCCCGCUUAUCUUCUGCUGGGUGAUCGCGGGCCUCAGGAUCCAUGGCAAGGUGAUCUGGUCGAUGGAUGCGCUGCACCGGGAAAUAAAACCACCCACUUGGCAUCUCUUCUUGCAAAGCAACAAAAGGAGAAGCGGAAGCAGAUCAUCUCCAUGGAUGCCUCUAGAAUGCGGUCUAAAACACUACAGAAAAUGGUCACUAUGGCCGGGGCGGACCCCACCGUCACUGUGCUACAAGGUCAGGAUUUCUUAGCUCUUGAUCCAAUGGAUGAACGCUUUGAGCAAGUCACAGGUCUCUUGCUGGAUCCCAGUUGUUCAGGUAGUGGAAUCAUCGGUCGCGAUGAUGUACCUCAACUUACACUGCCCAAACCCGCAGCAUCCAAGGCCCCCAAUCCCAAGGGCCAAGGCAAGAAACGCAAACGUGCUGAUGAUAAGGAUGAGAUGGAAGAGCCAAAGCCGAAAGCAGCAUCCAGCGCUUUGAACACUUCCCCAUCAGAUGAGAAUGAUAUUGCCACUGAUAGUGUUGACCAAGAACGUCUCACGAAGUUGUCGAAUCUUCAAGCGCGAAUCGUGGAACACGCUUUAAGUUUCCCCACUGCAACACAUGUUACCUACAGUACCUGUUCUAUCCAUUUGAUUGAAAAUGAGGCUGUUGUGGAACGUGUCCUGGUCUCAGAUGUGGCUAAAGAAGGCGGCUGGCGCCUUUUGCGACGGGACGAGCAACCGAGUGGACUGCGCAAGUGGACGCAUCGGGGCGUCCGACGUGAUCGGGAGAUGGGGGAGAAUGCCGAGUCGGACGCUGCUCCGGCUGCAGUGGAUGAUCUUUCAGACGAGGAUCUAGAAGCCUGUCUGCGUUGCUGGUCUGGUGAUGCUGAAGGUCUGGGAGGCUUUUUCGUUGCUGGAUUCGUCCGUGAUCCCAAGCUUGCUUCCGUAAACAAAGCCCCUGGGUCUAAGACCAAAGCUUCAGAGCCCAAGACCAAAACCCAAAAAUCCAAGACAAAAGAACCCAAGUCUAAAAAACCCAAAAAGGAGCCUGCACAAAACAAAAAGGUUGCGGAAAAGGUCGUGCAAAAGGAGGAAGAAGACGAAGAAGAUGAUGAUUGGGAUGGCUUCUCAGAUUAG